CAGAAGUGCAAAAGAAGCCUGUAACGCGUAAAUAUACUGAAUUCUUGUUUUCUGACAAUUUUGUUUGAUAAAUUGCAAUAGAUUUUCCAAAAUGAACCGAUUGUUCGGUCGAACCAAGCCUAAAGAGCCACCCCCAAGCAUUAACGACUGUAUUGCUGGGGUUGACAGCAGAGCUGAUUCAGCAGAAAAAAAAAUUGCUAGACUUGAUGCAGAGUUGAAAAAGUUGAAAGAUCAAAUGACAAAAAUGAGAGAAGGACCUGCUAAGAACGCAGUCAAAGCAAAAGCUAUGCGUGUACUAAAGCAAAGGAAAAUGUAUGAGCAACAAGUUGAUAACUUGAGACAGCAAGCUUUUAACAUGGAGCAAGCGAACUAUGCAACUCAAACUUUGAAGGAUACUCAAGCGACAGUUGUUGCUAUGAAAGAUGGAGUCAAGCAAAUGCAAAAAGAAUUUAAAAAUAUCAAUAUUGAUCAAAUAGAGGAUAUACAAGAUGAUUUGGCUGACAUGCUAGAACAAGCAGAUGAAGUCCAAGAAGCCAUGGGUCGCAGUUAUGGCAUGCCUGAAAUUGAUGAUGAUGAAUUGGCUGCAGAGUUGGAUGCUCUAGGAGAUGAUUUGGCUUUGGAUACUGACACUUCUUAUUUGGAUGAUGCUAUCAAAGCUCCAAGUGCACCUGACAAAGAACCUGGUGCUGCUUCAGUUACAAAUAAGGAUGGAGUUUUAGUAGAUGAGUUUGGUUUACCUCAAAUACCAGCUAGUUAAAAAAUGUCAAGUGCACUUAAGAAUUUGCUUCACUUUACAGAGCCAUUAAGUAUUUUGGCUUACCCAAACAAUGCUUUAUCAUUGAUAAUAAUAAUUAAAUCAGUGUUUGUCAGUGACAUAAAGAUUAAUACAUAUAAAAGCAUUUCAAAAGCCACAAGCUUGCGAUAUUUUAUAAAGUACAUAACAAUAAAUUAUGUUCUUAUUUUAUUUAUUUUUUUAUAGAAAUAUAUGUAUAAAUAUACAUACAAUAUAUUCUUUUUACUUAUUGGUGAG